AGUAGUCCUACAGUGUUACUGUUGUCCGUACAAGACCAAGUCUUUGCUCUCUAGAAUGCUGGGCAUGUUAUGAGAUGUUUCAAUUGUCACGGUCCACUUGCCUAAACCAACACGGUGAAAUCUUCAAUACAAAAUAAGCAUUCUGAAACGUCCUUCAGCGGAAAGAGAUGAAAGAGUGUGAGAAAAAGGUAAAGACAAGUGAAGAGAAAAACAGUAACAAAAAGUUUUACAGUAGGAUUGAAGUUCAAUUCAGUCAGAUAUUAGCACAGAAGCAAAGUGGCAGUGGACAUAGAUCUAUCAAAGACUGAAGCAGUUGAACAAUGUUCAUGUGGUCAUAAACAGCCUUUCCUCCUAAACUAUAAAUAUGGCAACUGAUGGAGUGAGGCAGCGAAGACCUGAAGAAAAGAAAGUCAAUAAAAAACCCAGAUUGGGUCUUUCUGAAUCAGAAGCUAUUCAAAAAGCAUCUAAAGGAUGGAUAACUCAUUUUAUUGUUGCUUUGAUUGGAGUUGUUGUUAUUCUUUUGGCUGGUGUUGUCAUACUAAUACUUCUACCAUCACCCAUUGAGCCUGUGGAAAUUAUUGGAUUGCCUGAACCACCAGAAUUCGUAGGUCCAUUGGAGCCCAACAACUUACUGUCGAAUGCUGAGCAAGUUUACAGGAAUCAGUUAUCAGGGCCUGAGUCAGUUGUGGUUGAUGGAGAGCACAUUUAUACUGGAACUGCAGAUGGCUGGGUCAAUCACAUAUAUCAAGGUGUUAUACAGAAACUUGUUAGAUUUGGAAAAGGUCCCUGUGGUGGUUACGAGAAUGAAACAACAUGCGGACGACCUCUUGGAAUGAGGAUGGACAAAAAUGGCUUUCUCAUUGUAGCUGAUGGCUACUAUGGCUUAUUUAAAGUAAAUGUAGCCACAGGGGAUGCAACUACUUUGUACUCAUCCAAUACUCCAGUAAAUGGUAAAAAAUCAAAGCUUGUUAAUGACUUAGACAUUGGAGCUGAUGGGAAGAUUUAUUUUACUGACUCUAGUACGAAGUGGCAAAGAAAUAAUUUUGAUAAAAUUCUAUUUGAAGGGGUUGCUAAUGGAAGGUUUUUAGAGUAUGACCCUAGCAGUGGUGAAACAACAGAGUUAGUUGAUGGCCUUUUCUUUCCAAAUGGUGUUCAACUUAUUAAAGAUAAGUCUGCAGUGCUUGUUGCUGAAACCUGUCGAGCGAGAAUCCUAAAGUAUGAUCUAAAGACCAAAAAGACAACAGUAUGGGCAGACAAUCUACCUGGGGUUCCAGACAAUAUCCGCUACAGCAAAGCAACAGGAACCUACUGGGUGGGGCUAGCUUUCAUCAGAGAAAAAGGAAAAUUUUCUUUGCUUGACAGUUUAACUCCUUAUCCCAUGUUACGUGGAAUAUUAUCUAAGAUUUUAUCUAUCAAUGGUUUAUUGAAAAUGAAACAGUAUUUACAACCCACAAGUGUUGCAACAAUGGCAGUAGAACUAAAUGAAAAUGGAGUUAUUACUAAAAGCCUUCAGGACAAGACGGGUGAAGUUUUGUCAUCAGUCAGUGAGGUAGAAGUUGCUGAUGGGGUUAUGUACUUUGGCUCAUUUCAUUCCAAUUAUAUUGGCCGCUUGUAUAGGAGGAGAGUGCCAGGUCUUUAAAAGAACUGUACAUUGUUUCUUUUUCAUACUAAUUUUCUUUUAAAAAUUUUUUAAUGACUAAUACAUUUUUGUCAAUGUUUUUCUGUUGUUUAAAAAUAAAAAACUUUUUUU